GCUGCUUCCCGUGUCGGUGGCGAGGCCUCUGCUGAGUCACCUGCUGGACCUGCUGCCGCCUCUGGACCGCCUCAACAGACUGCUGCCCUGCUGCGUCUCCUCUGGAGGACCAGGAGCUGCAGUGGCCUCUGCACGGCACGUCUGACUUUGCGGAGCCAGCGUCGGGCAUGUCUCUGCCCCAGCCGGCUCUGUCGUGGGUUUGGCUGGUGGACCUGGAGCGGACCGUUGCCCUGCUGGUGGGCCGUUGCCUGGGCGGGAUGCUGCAGGGAGCCCCCACCUCACUGGAGGAGCAGGACACAGCUUACUGGCUCAAAACACCGCUGUUCAGCAACGGCUUGGAGAUGGAAAUGCCUCAGCUAGACGCCUGCAUCAGCUCGUUAUUAGAGGCGGCUCUGUCCGGUAACGAAGAGCAGAAACCGUUCGACUGCACGCUGCACCCGGACCUGAGCGUACUGGUGGCGUUAACUCUGGGUUCCUCUAAAGAACCUGCAAACAGCCUCUGGAUCAACAUGCAGGACUAUGCCAUCAGCAAAGGUCUGCCUCUGGACUGGACCGGACUGGACUGGGACAACGCGUCUCUUAGCAACGAGUCGCUGUUGGAUACGGUGUCCAGGUUCGUGUUGGCGGCUUUACUGAAGCACACAGGACUGCAGAACCAGGCGUGUGGAGAGGGAAGGUAUCAGCCCUCUAAGACCUUAGCUGAAGUCUAUCGCAGUGUUUAUAAGGUUCGGAACCGCCUGCUGGCCUGUAAGAACAUGGAUUUCAUUCAGACUCGAUCCUCUUCACGUGAGAGGAGGAUCUCAGACAACCAGGACUCUCUGGACAUGGACCCUCAGGAACACUCGUUCACCCGCACCAUCGACGAGGAGGCGGAGCUAGAGGAGCGAGCCGACCGCGAGAGAGAGGAAGGCCAUCAGGAGCAAGACGAUGAAGAGGAGGACCGAGAGCAUGAAGUAAUGACGGCAGGAAAAAUCUUUCAAUGUUUCCUCUCAGCGCGGGAAGUGGCUCGCAGUCGGGACAGAGAGCGAGCCAGCAGCAGCACCGGCCUCGGCUCCAGCUCUGCUUCCAGGAGCGGAGGCGGAGGAGGAGGAGGAGGAGGAGGAAGUGUAGGAGGAGGAGCUGGAGGAGAAGAAGAUGCUACUCUGUCUCAGGAAGGGAGGAGAGGCAGUACGGGUCUCCCUGAAGGCCAGGAUCUGUACACAGCAGCCUGUAACUCAGUGAUUCACCGCUGUGCUCUGCUGGUGCUCGGAGUGAGUCCGGUUCUGGGCGAGCUGAGCAAGCAGAACCAGGAGGAAGGUCAGACGCAGUCGGCUACGGGAACGCAGGAGUGUCUGAGCUUCAUGACGAGGAGCGAGAGUCUGAGUGCAGAGAGCCGCUCGGUGCAGAGCAGCCCGAGCUACCGGCUGAUGAAGUCCAGGAGCGAGUCUGAUCUCUCCCAACCCGAGUCCGAUGAAGAGGGUUACACUCUGAGCGGACGCAGGAACGUGGACCUGGACUUGGCUUUCUCUCACAAAAAACGAGGUUUACUCCACAGCUCUCCGGACUCUCUGGCCGAGUCUUGGUUCCGGGCCAAGCUGAGCCGCCAGCGCAGCUACGGCUCGGCUCACUCGUACGAGGAGUCGGACCUGGACCUGAGCCGCUCGCUGGGCGUCCACGCGCUCAUCGACAACAUGGUGAGCUUCAUCAGCGGAGACGUCGGCCUCGCUCCCGCCUUCAAAGAGCCGGAGGAGAGCAUGUCCACCAGUCCGCAGGCCACCAUCCUCGCUAUGGAGCAGCAGCAGAGCCGCGCUGAGCUGCGACUGGAAGCUCUCCACCAGAUCGUGGUGCUGAUCUCCGGUAUGGAGGAGAAAGGCAGCCAGCCUGGGAACGCCGAUCGUUCCAGCGUUGCCUUCCAGUCCUCGUCUCUGCUCACCUCCGUGAGGCUCCAGUUCCUGGCCGGCUGCUUCGGCCUCGGCACCGUCGGCACCGGAGCGCUGAAGAGGGAGAGCGUGCAGCUGCAUCAUUAUCAGGAUGGUGUAAAAGCAGCGAAGAGGAGCCUCCAGAUGGAAAUCCAGACAGCCGUUCAUAAGAUCUACCAGCAGCUGUCUGUCACACUGGAGAGAGCGCUGCAGGCCAACAAGCAUCACAUCGAAGCCCAGCAGCGCCUCCUGCUGGUGACCGUGUUCGCCCUGAGUGUGCGUUACCAGCCCGUGGACGUCUCCCUGGCCAUCUCCAGCGGGCUGCUCAACGUGCUCUCCCAGCUGUGCGGCACAGAGACCAUGCUGGGUCAGCCGCUCCAGCUGCUGCAGAAACCAGGAGUGUCUCAGCUCAGCACGGCCCUGAAGGUGGCGUCCACGCGGCUGCUGCAGAUACUGGCCAUCAGCACCGGCACAUAUGCAGACAAGCUGAGCCCCAAAGUGGUCCAAUCUCUGCUGGACCUGCUGUGCAGUCAGCUGAAGAACCUGCUGUCUCAGGCUGGAGUCAGUCUGCUGUCGCCUGGAAAAGACCAAGAGGACACCAAGCACGAGGACGGAGCAGACUCGGAGAAGAAAGACCUCAGAGCUUUGCUUCGUAAGCAGCACACGGCUGAGCUGCACCUCGGAGACUUCCUCGUCUUCCUACGGAGAGUCGUGUCUUCCAAAGCCAUCCAGUCAAAGAUGGCUUCCCCGAAAUGGACUGAAGUGCUGCUCAAUAUCGCUGCACAGAAAUGCUGCUCAGGGGUCCCUCUGGUGGGAAACCUGAGGACUCGGCUUCUGGCUCUUCAUGUUCUGGAGGCCGUCCUGCCUGCCUGCGAGUCCAAUAUGGAGGAUGAUCAAAUGACACAGGUUGUGGAGCGGCUGUUCUCUCUGCUCUCCGACUGCAUGUGGGAAGCUCCCAUCGCUCAGGCCAAGCACUCGAUCCAGAUUAAAGAAAAAGUCCAAGAGCUCAAACUCCAGGGAGAGGCGGAGGAGGAGGAUGAGAACCUUCCCAUCCAGGAAGUGUCCUUUGACCCGGAGAAGGCUCAGUGCUGCGUGGUGGAGAACGGCCAGGGGUUGACGCAUGGCAGCGGGGGGAAAGGCUACGGCUUGGCCUCCACGGGAAUCUCCUCUGGGUGCUACCAGUGGAAG